AUGCCUUUGUAUGUUGCUGUAAAUGUUUAUCUUGCUCCGAUUAACUCCAGCAGCAGCAGGAACACCGGAGAACUGGACUUUUCUUCUUGCUAUACACAUCAUUCCUUUUUUGGUCAAUUGAAGACCACUUAUUUUACACAGAAGGAUAAGUGGGAUUUGAAUGAGCUAAUAGCGAUAUGUGUGCAAGAGGAAGAUAGGAUCAAGAGGGAUGGACCACUUGUUGUGAAUCUGAUCUCAAAGUCGAAAUGGAAGGGAAAAGGCAAAGCUGUUGCCUCUAGUGCAGUUAAUUCUGGAGAAGGUACCAGUGGGACCAAGCCUUACAAACUUGGCCCCAAGAAAUCUGUGAACAGCAAGGGUAAGAAACCGGGAGUCUUCAAAUGCUUCUUUUGUAAAAAGGAAGGUCAUAUGAAGAAAAAUUGCCAGGGAUUCAAGGAUUGGAUGGCAAAGAAGGGGCUUUCUAAGCAAGAGAGCUCCAAGGAAAAAUGAGGUGCAAGUAGCAGUUGGGAAUGGCAUGGGAGUGGCUGUGAAGGCUAUAGGCACAGUCCGUUUAGUGUUAGGCUCAGGCACUCAUUUUGAUUUGAGCAAUGUUUUCUAUAUUCCCUCGAUGAAGAGGAAUUUAAUUUCUGUUUCUCAGUUAGUGAAACAAAGAUGUACUUUUUACAUCGACUCUUUCGGAAUAAAAAUCUCCCAUGAUUCUCGUUA